AUGAAUACUAGACAAAAAGCCGAAGAACGAGCGAAACAGUUCCGCCAACUGAUGAAAUGGCUGGCACCACCCGAUCCGCUAUACGACUUUGAUAAAGCACGCAAAUUACGCCGAGGAAGUACAGGAACGUGGUUAUUGGAAGAUCGUAUGUUUCAAUCCUGGAAGGAGAAAGCAAAUUCCUUUCUGUGGAUCAACGGCAAAGUUGGUUCCGGCAAAACUAUCCUGAGUUCUACUGUGAUCGCUGAACUGAGAUCACAAGAGUCUCAUUCGCCCAGGGUUCUCUUCUACUUCUUCACAUUCUCAGACGUGGCAAAACAAUCUUUGGAGAGUGCGAUUAAAUCACUUAUUUUUCAAGCAUAUGUUCAGAUUGCUCAAACUCGAGAACCACUCGAUUUGCUCUACAGGCGACAAAUGGAUGGGGCACAAGCAGCAACUCUUGAGAGGCUUUGCGAAACUUUCAGCAAUAUGAUUCAACUUGCUGGCGAAGUAUGGAUCGUACUUGAUGCCCUCGAUGAGAGUACAACACUAGAUGAUCACCAAGGACAAGGAAUACUUCCAUGGAUAAAGAAACUUCAUGAAGCGAGCCUCAACACCCAUGUCCUUGUCACAAGCCGCCCAGAACCAAACAUAAGGGCAAGCUUUUCAGAGCUUGAUCCGGAGGGGCACACUAUAUAUCUUGACGAUUCUCGAGUAUCUUCCGACAUAGACGACUAUAUCGAUUCAACGAUCAACGAUCCUGGCUCUUUCAGGAAAUGGGAUCAUGGUCCGAAUACCUCAAGUACCAGUGUUAAAGCCUGUAUGAAAGAUGAGUUGAAGAAGAAAGCAGGUGGAAUGUUUAGAUGGGUCUCAUGUCAAUUUGAAACACUGUCCAUUUGCAGCGACCACGAGGAGGUUCGUCGCACACUCGAAGACCUUCCAGGUAACUUGCAUGACACAUACUCUCGUAUCUUAAAAAGAAUUGAUGAUCAGUCGCGCUUGCGCCCGCGCUUCAAGAGCAAAGCGAUCAGACUAUUGCAAUUCUUGAUAUUCUCGGAACGUCCACUUCUGAUCGAAGAAGCUGUUGACGUACUGGCCACCGAAGUAGGAACCUCUGGUGGUUUCAAUCCAGAUGAUCGAAUGAAGGACCAAGAACAGAUACUGGAAUACUGCUCGGGGCUAGUAGUAAAGGUCCCCCAGGUUGAUCCCAGCUUGUGGCUUAGCGAGGAUAUUCGAACAGACCAUUUCAUGCUACAACUUGCCCAUGUUUCGGUAAAAGAAUACCUAACAUCUCAACAAAUGGACAAUCAGUUCCUUCAAAACUUCACCCCAGGAGUUUCCCAGAACUCUAUAGCAGAGACAUGUCUUUCUUAUCUGCUGGCAUAUAACCACAAACGGAGUCUGGAAAUCGGCCAACACUCAGUCUCAUUCAUGGAACGCUCAUUUCCAUUCGCGGAGUACUGUAGAAGCCAUUGGGCAAACCAUCAAGCGAAAGCUGAAAUGGAAUCGGAUGACGUACCGAGUUGCAUUCUUGCGGCCAACUUUCUCUCUGGCCAAACAUUAUUUGAACUGAGUCAAUCUGAUUUUUGGUGGAAACUAGAUAUUACAGCGAGAGCGCUGUUAUUCGCAUCCGAAAAGGGCCUCUUCCACACCAUUGGGGAACUUUUACGGAGACCUUACUUUUCAGACCCAGCUGCAUUGAGGUUCUUGUCUGACGAUGCGCUCUGUAAAGCAGCAGAUCAUGGUCAUACCAAAACAGUAUCAGUCCUGCUCCAAAAGGUCAAUGAGAUGAAUGCCCCGGCCAUCAAUCUCAAUGAUUCCCUGGUGAAAGCCUCGAAAAGAAAUCAUUGGGGCGUGACAAGCACUUUGAUUGCCUACUCUGCCGGAGACACCAGAAUCAGCAAUGCCCUUGCUAAUGCUCUGGUUGCAGUGUCCGGAGACGGUUACGUAGAAUUUGCGCAACGUUUACUCCAGCACGGAGCUAAGCCGACUGAAAGAGCUCUUACUGCUGCUUCGUCUUCCGGUCACAUUCAAAUUGUACAGUUGUUACUUAAGCACGGAGCUAACGUACCAAGCGAAGCAAUUACUGCUGCUUCGCGUUCCGCACUUACUGCUGCUUCGGGUCGUGGUGAUAUCGAUAUUAUGCGGCUUCUGCUCGAGCACGGAGCUGAUAUACAAAGCGAAGCACUUAUUGCUGCUUCGGGUCGUGGUGAUAUCGAUAUCAUGCGGCUUGUGCUCGAGCACGGAGCUGACGUACAAAGCGAAGCACUUGCUGCUGCUUCGGGUUUCGGUGAUAUCGAUAUUGUGCGGUUUCUAUUUGAUUACGGAAUGGCACAAAAUAGCAUUGGGCUCUUCGGUAAUGCUCUUCAGGCAGCGAUGAAUAGCGACCGUCUCUGUGUUGUACGACUGCUUUUAGAGAAGGGGGCAAUUAUGGAAAAGCAGUCUACAUACGAAAGUAACGUCCUUGAGAUUGCUUGCGCCAGAGGCCACGAUGAUAUUGUGGAAAUGUUGCUUGAAAGAGAACCCAGGCCGAAUGAAUCCAACAUCAGCUAUUAUAUCAAUAAUGUCUAUAGCACACGAAAUGGCGCAGCUGAGACUAAGCGCCAAUUCGUCAAGGCAUGCCAAAUCUCUCGACCUUUGGACCGUGGAGAAUAUUAUCGUCGAGCCCUCCGUGCAGCGCUUUCUUCAGGCCACCAGAAGAGUUUUGCGUUAAUCAUGGACAGGAUUAUUGAUGAGCCAAAAGGAGGCGAACUGUAUACUGAUACCCUUCGAGCCACCGUACGGAAUGGUCCUGAAGAUGUCUUGGGGAAACUGAUGGAACAGCUACUUGCAAAUCAGAGGCUCUACGACUUUGUCUUGCGCGACGCACGAUCGAACAAAUGGGAGAAUGUUGUGAGGGAAUUACACAGUGCACAUGAUCGGGAGGAAGGACGAGACAACGAUAUGGCAGGAGGUCGUGUGUAUGCGUAG